UCUUAUGCUAGAGAGAUAUAAGAGAGUGACGCGAUAAGAAGCAGAAACUAGAAAAGGAGAUACAGAAGAAAAGAGAGUUUGUCUUGUUCUUGUUGUUGAUCGUGUGAUUGAAAAGAGGACAGAGGAAAAAUGGGUUCACCGACAUCAAAGGUUGUUUUCCGUACUGUGGUGGUGGCGCUUUUGCUUCUUCUUGUCUUCUACAUUGGUCGCCCUCUGUACUGGAAAAUCUCCGCCACCGUUCACGACAUCCGCAACAACAAGCAAACCGUCAGACAAGGUAUUUCCCAAAUCGUCAUGGAGGCUCAGAAAUCGGUGGGGUGGUAUCACGACGAGUCCGACUCAGGGGUCCGAGCCAACAAUCGAAAGCUGCUUCUUCACAAUCCCCUUUCUUCACUUUUUGCGUAGUCAGAUACUUAUAUACAUACAUACGUGCCACUCCACAUUUUCUUUUUUCACGAUUCUCUGUUUUUCUUAUGUGGUUCUUCUCUUACAGGGACAAUAAUGAUGUAGACUAAUUGAAUUCGAUUGAAUCUUAUUGAAUUAGAUUAUGAGCAUCUUGUUCUACAAUUUGGGGGCUUUUCUCUUCUUCUUCUGUUGUACUUAUUUGAUUUAUCAUAAGGGUUGAUUCUGUGUGGUGUAUGAGUAAGCGUGGCAAAUAAUUUGUAUUUGGUAUGAUUCGAUCCAAAAGUAAAUAUGAUUAAUGUUCU